AUGCCCUCACGACCAUUUCCCCUCAUCCAGACUGUUCCGGUCGCCGAGGGGACUCCCGAGUUUGUGGAGUUGAAGAACUCAAUAGUCGGCGAGUUCGUUGCAAAGGUGCCCGAGGAGCUUUAUAUUCCCCAGCACUUCAUCGACAGCCCACCCAAGAAUGUUACUGCGAUUCCGCGUCAGUGUGGCAUCCUGACUCAGCAGGAGCUCGACAUCACCGAGAACCACGAUGCGGCGGCUCUAGCAGGUCUCAUCCGCAAGAGAGUUCUCACUGCCGUCGCUGUCGCCACAGCCUUUGCCAAGCGCGCCAUCAUUGCCCACCAGGUCAGCUGCUGCUUGGUUGAGUGGUUCAUGGACGAGGCAGUUCAGCGCGCGAGGGAGCUGGAUGAAUACCAGGCUUCCACCGGAACGACGGUUGGUCCUCUACAUGGCGUCCCCAUCAGUUUGAAGGAGCACAUGCCCCUUGCGGGACAUUAUUCUUCUGCCGGAUACGUGAGCACCCGGGUCAAGGACACACAAGACUGCCAUAUGGUAGCCAUUCUGCGGAAGCUGGGCGCCGUCUUCUACUGCAAAACCAAUCAGCCGCAGUCCCUCAUGCAUCUCGAAACUGACUCUCCUUAUGGACGGGUCUUGAAUCCCCACAACAUCACUCUCUCUGCGGGCGGUUCCACCGGCGGAGAGGCUGCUCUGAUCGCCCUCCGUGGCUCGGUGCUAGGCAUCGGCACGGAUAUCGGCGGCAGCAUCCGUUGCCCAUCUGGCUUCUGCGGAAUCUAUGGUUUCAAGCCAACCUCGUACAUGCUGCCUAUGCACGACUUCCUGCACGGGGGUGCCGCUGCAGAGCUCAACAUUCUCAUAUCGGCGGGUCCAAUGUGCACUUCAUUAAGAGAUAUAGACCUUUUUAUGGAGACAAUACUCUCCCAGCGGCCGUAUCUCGCAGAUCCGCGGCUGGUUCGCAUUCCUUGGACAGGGCUUACCACUAACGUCUGGACGAACCCGAUCAAAGUUGGUAUUAUGAUGGACGACGGCCACAUCCAGCCGCAACCGCCCGUAACCAGGGCUCUUGAUUGGGCUAAAGCUCGGCUGGAAAGCUUCAAAAACUUUCAAGUAAAGCCAUUCAAGCCCUACCGCACGGCUGAGGCCAUCAAGCUCAUACGGAAGGCGUAUUGGCCUGACGGCGGCAGGGGCACAAAGCACCAUUUACAAGAGACCGGCGAGCCCAUGUUCGCACUGACCAAACACAUCAUUGAGGAUGCCGAAGGCCCAGAGCUUACCGCGUCCGAGGUGCACCAGCAGCGCCUGACCCGCGACCAGUUUCGUUGCGACUUUGCCCGCCAUUGGACCGAGCAGGACGUCGAUGUCGUCAUCUGCCCCGUCUUCGUCGGCCCCGCGUGUGCCCACGACACAGCCUUUUACUGGAACUACACAGCUUUCUGGAACUAUGUGGACUGCCCGGCCGCCGUUGUCCCCACGCCUGUCAAGGCGCUGAAGAAGGGUGCUGAGGAUUAUGCCCCGUCGAACAAAACGCCGCUCAGUGAGGAAUGCAAACAUGUCAGACAAUUGUGGGCCGAGGGAGACUUUGAAGGGGCGCCGAUCAACUUGCAGAUUGUGGCCAGGAAAUACCAUGAUAACGAGUUGCUUGGGACCUUGCACACCAUGUUGGGGGAGGGUUUUUUUUCCUUUGCCUAG